CCUCCACUUCCGCUACCAGAUCCGAUUCCGCUGAUGACUCACUUCACAAAACGUUUCUCCUGUCAAAGAUAUAUAUAGAAUGGUUAGACCACCCACAUCACCACCACAUCCGCAUAUCUUCUGAUAUACUCCCUAACAAAACUUCCACGAUGUCUCCCAGAUUCGGCUACAUUGGUCUCGGCAACAUGGGCGUCCCCAUUGUCCGCAAUCUCGCGAAAUAUGCCGCUGCCUCUGGCUUCCCCUCCAUUUCCAUUUGGAAUAGGUCUUCAGCCAAGUAUGCUUUGGUCAAGGAUGCCAUUCCAGAUGCCUUCUACGCAGACGAUGUUGAGGAAGUUGUCAUGAAGUCCGACAUCGUACUCAGCAGCUUGAUCGAUGACAAGGCGGCCGAGGAUGUCUAUGAGAAGAUGUUCAAAGCUACCGAGGGAAGAAAUGUCAUUUUUGUUGACCAGUCCAGCUUGAAGGCUGUCACUUCUGCCAAACUCGCGGAACAAGCCAAGUCUAUCGGAGCGACCUACAUUGCUUCUCCCGUAUUCGGCCGACCCCCAGCUGCUGAAGCCUCAAAAUUACUCAUUGUCCUAUCUGGUCCAGCCAAUGUUAAGUCGGAGGUCAAAAAGCAUCUGAUCCCUGCCAUCGGUGAUAGGUUUGUCGACGUCGGAGAAGAUGUAAAGCUCGCAAGCUCUCUCAAGUCUAUGGGCAACAUGGUACUUCUCGGCUGGAUCGAACUCUUGGCAGAAGCCUUCACUCUUGGUGAUGCCGUCGGCCUUGAGCCCUCUGUUUUUAACGGCUUCAUUCAGCAAUUUUUUCCUGCCCCUCCUUUGACUGCCUAUUCUAACCUAAUUUCUAAGGGAGAAUUUCCAUCUGGUUCGGGGUUCAGUGUCAAUGGUGGCUUGAAGGAUGCCCGAAACAUGAUGAGUCUCGGUGCAGAUCUUGGUCACCCCUGCCCUUUGCCCACCAUUCAGCGUGCUCAUGAUAAUCUAGAACGUGCCAAAGAGCUGGGCGGCCCCGACCAGGACUGGUCUGCUCUAGCGGCGGCUGUUAGGGAGCAGGCAGGCUUCUCUCCUUACAGGGAGGGCACGAAUAACGGUCAGGGCGAAAAGCAGAUAUAAGAUCAAGAUUCAAAUAGUGCACCAGUCUCUUUUUACUGCUUUUGAACGAUGGUUGUAUUGCUCAUAUAUCUGAAUAUAUAUAACAUACCGUCAUCUGACUUUACAGGUAGUAAGUCACCGAUGCAACCAGAUAGAUGAAUG